UUCCAAGAGAACUAUCUAGGCUGCCACCGGAACACCUCUCCAGCCAUCUCCUUGCUCUGCCUCCUUCCUCCGGGGGAAGAAGAAGAAACGAAACCGUCAGCACCAGCUGAGCGCCGGCCGCCAUGUCUCUGCUCACCGACCUCCUCAACCUCGACCUGUCCGACUGCACCGGCAAGAUCAUCGCCGAGUACAUAUGGGUCGGCGGCACCGGGAUGGAUGUGAGGAGCAAAGCCAGGACGUUACCUGGACCUGUCGAUGACCCGAGCAAGCUUCCAAACUGGAAUUUUGACGGCUCCAGCACAGGACAAGCCACGGGUGACGACAGCGAAGUCAUCCUCCGCCCUCAAGCCAUCUUCAGGGAUCCGUUCAGGAAGGGGAAUAACAUCCUGGUAAAAUCAACAACCUCCUUUCGUCAUCUUAAAAAAAACCUUGUUAUCUGUGACUGCUACUCACCUACCGGAGAGCCGAUUCCGUCCAACAAGCGGUAUAACGCGGAAAGGAUAUUCAGCCAUCCAGAUGUCAAGGCUGAAGAACCAUGGUAUGGGAUCGAGCAGGAGUACACCCUUCUUCAGAAGGACACCAACUGGCCUAUUGGAUGGCCACUAGGGGGCUACCCUGGUCCUCAGGGACCAUAUUACUGCGCCGCCGGUGCGGAUAAAUCCUACGGGCGCGACAUCGUCGACGCGCACUACAAGGCCUGCCUCUACGCCGGCAUCAGUAUCGGUGGCAUCAACGCAGAGGUUAUGCCAGGACAGUGGGAGUUCCAAGUCGGCCCUUCCGUCGGCAUCUCGGCCGGCGACCAGCUCUGGGCGGCUCGCUACAUUCUGGAGCGGAUCACCGAGAUCGCUGGCGUCGUCGUCUCCUUCGACCCCAAGCCGAUCCCCGGAGAAUGGAAUGGAGCUGGUGCGCACGUCAACUUCAGCACCAAGUCGAUGAGGAGCGAGGGCGGGUACGAGCUGAUCAAGAAGGCGAUCAAGAAGCUGGAGGCGCGGCACAUGGAGCACAUCGCCGCCUACGGCGAAGGCAACGAGCGGCGGCUCACCGGCCGCCACGAGACCGCCGACAUCAACACCUUCACAUGGGGCGUCGCGAACCGUGGCGCGUCAGUUCGGGUCGGCCGCGACACCGAGAAGGAAGGCAAAGGUUACUUCGAGGACAGGAGGCCGUCGUCCAACAUGGAUCCCUACGUCGUCACCUCCAUGAUCGCCGAGACCACCGUCCUCUGCAACAGCAAUCUCUCCAAUGGCAGCAAGUAGAAUGUGUUCAUUCUGUGGUCUGCACUACUACCAAUGGGGCCGAGUGUAAGGGUUGCCGUGCUGGAUGAGACUGGCAGACAGGGUCAGAGACUUCGUUUGAAUAACAAAUCAAUAACAGAAGCAAUGUGCUUAGCAUCGUAACUGGUUGUACAUUACUCA